AUGCAUUUCUUCAAUACCGGCCUACCCGUCCUUGCCGUGUGUUCAGUCAUCCAAGCCAUCCCUGUCAACAAUGGCAAAAGAGGUGAUACGGUCGUACACCGCCACGAUGGUCUCAGAGCUUUAGACACACGUCAGGAAAGCAGAAGUGCGGGUGGUUUUGUGCCUCCUCAUGUUCUCAGAAAUAUCACCCGCAGUCCUUUCGCCACAGACGACGAGCGGCGCACUGCAAAUCGGACCUUGGUGAUUGAUGGGGAGCGAUGGGGGCCGCAGCAGCCGACAGAUUAA